AUAUAUAUAUAUAUAUAUAUAUAGAUAUAAAUCUCACAUUCUUGAUUUCAAGUCUCAUCCCCAACAAAAAUAUUUUUUCGUGCUUGACCCAGAAAAAAAGUCAUAAUCUUUCAACAGUAUAGACAUAACAUAUUGUUCAAAAGCAAAGAAAAGUAUAGACAUAAUAUGACAUCAAAGUUCCAUCUAAGAUUUCUUUUAUAUAUCGCUAGAAUAAAAUAGAUCUCGACUUUUGUCUUUUAUGAAGUAGUGAUCACAUGGCAGAUCUUUGUCAGGUCAUUUUCUUCGUAUAUCUUUCUUGUCUUUUUGGAGCAUUUUAUGCAAGUGUUGGAGAUAUCGACCCAUUGUACAGGGAUUGUAUUGUGCAAUGUGAAAAGACUGGAUGUGCUGGAGAAACAUGCUUCCCACAUUGCACAAACUCUUUAGAUGGCUCUUCAUCAAAUAGCCAAAAAGAGCCUCAAUACAUGCAAUUGAAUCAAUGGAAUUGUCCAAGUGAUUGCAAGUACCAUUGCAUGCUUCAAAGAGAGAAAAAAAGAGCUGCACUUGGAUUUGGACCUGUUAAAUAUCAUGGUAAAUGGCCACUUAACAGAGUGUUUGGACUUCAGGAGCCUCUCUCUGUUGCUUUCUCUGCACUUAACCUUGCAAUGCAUGCCCAAGGAUGGCUGUCAUUUUUCAAGCUAAUUAAGAGGACAUCCUAUGAUUAUGCUUCUCUGUGGUAUAUUUAUGGGUUCUUCUCAGUGAAUUCAUGGUUUUGGAGUGUUGUCUUUCAUAGUCGAGACAUGGAAUUUACAGAAAGGCUAGAUUACUCAUCUGCUGUUGCAUUAGUUGGAUUCUCACUGAUUAUAUCAAUACUAAGAAGUUUCAACAUAAAGGAUGAGGCUGCAAGAGUAUUGGUUUCUGCUCCACUUCUUGCCUUCUCAACUACCCAUAUUUUGUACUUGAACAACUAUCAAAUGGACUAUGAAAUUCUUUCAGGAUGGAACAUGAAAGUUUGUGUUACAAUGGGUGUUGCUCAGCUUCUCAUUUGGGCAAUGUGGGCUGGAAUGAGUCAUCAUCCAUCAAAAUGGAAAAUUUGGACAGUGGUUUUUGGGAAUGGACUUGCUAUGCUCUUAGAGAUGUAUGACUUUCCUCCAUAUGCAGGACUACUAGAUGCACAUGCACUUUGGCAUGCUACCACAAUUCCUCUGACUUAUAUUUGGUGGAGUUUCAUCCAAGAUGAUGCGAAGAACCAAACAAUUGACCUAAGUAAGAAAGUAAAGUAGUGUUAUUUACAGGGUAUAGUAUAUCUAAAUGGGGCUGAUAAUGUUUUACAUCUAGAGCUUAAUUUAGGCAUUGUUACUUAAGAGUAACUCCUUAUUUAUUCAUCUCCAUGAUUUAAAAAAUUGUUACAAAGCGAGUGAUGUAUUCUGUUCUUGACAUGAUUAGCAUUUCUUCUUG